CCAUUUGUAUUUUGGAUAUACACAAUUCCUAGAAGAUUACAAUUGACUGUAUUCAUUAGCAAUAAGCAUUCCCUACUAGUCUAAUUCACAAAAACUUCAUUUCCCCCUUCAAACAAAAUCAAGAAAGAUCAUGUCAAGUAUGGGGGAUAUUUGGAUGGGAAUGGGGACACUCAUGGGAGGUGUUAUGUUUGUUUACACAAUGAUUCAACAAUUUGUUCCGAGGCGUGUUGCUGAUUAUUUAUUGGUGUACGUAUACCGGAUUACAGCAUAUGCGAAUCCUUACAUGGAGAUAAGCUUCGAUGAAUUCGUUAGUGGCGACCGGUACGUUAAGCUAAGCGAAGCUUACACUGCAGUUGAAGCUUAUCUUGCUCCUAAAAGCAAGAAACUUGCAAAACGACUUAAAGCUCAAUUAGUGGAAGGGAAUAAGGACCUUGCACUUAGCAUGGCUGAUCACGAAGAAAUAUUUGAUAAUUUUGGAGGGGUAAAAAUCUGGUGGUACUUGGGAAAGACUACCCAUGAAAGCAAGUCUUUCUCAGUCUAUCCUUCCGCAACUGAGAAACGGCACUUGAAACUCCAAUUUCAUCGCCGCUACCGCGAAACAGUUACCAAGUCUUAUCUAAAUCAUGUCAUCCAGGUGGGAAAGGAAAGCAUGAUCGAAAACAGGCACAUAAGGCUCUAUUCUAACAAUCCAAACCGAGGGUAUUAUCAAUGGAGCAAGUCAUUGUGGAGUCAUGUAGAGUUUGAACACCCAGUGACAUUCCAUCACAUAGCCAUGGACUCAGAAAAGAAGCAGGAGAUUAUUGAUGAUCUUGAAACUUUUCGUAUGGGAAAAGACUACUAUUUACAAAUUGGGAAACCGUGGAAACGUGGGUAUCUCUUAUUUGGCCCUCCGGGGACUGGUAAGUCUAGUAUGAUUGCUGCCAUGGCAAAACUUUUGAAUUAUGAUAUAUAUGAUCUUGAACUAACUGCGGUGAAGGACAAUAGCGAGCUUCGUAAUCUCUUACAUGAUACAUCAAAUAAGUCUAUUACUGUAAUAGAGGACGUCGAUUGUUCACUCAACCUUACCGGCAAACGUAAGAAGAAGAAGAAGAAAGAUGAUAAAGAUGAGAAAGAUCCAGUCAAGGAAAAGGAAGACGAGGAAGAAGAAGAAGAAAAGAGCGACAGCAAGGUUACACUAUCAGGGCUUCUAAACGUCAUAGACGGGUUAUGGUCAGCUUGUGGCAAAGAAAGAAUCAUUGUAUUUACAACUAACUACGUUGAGAAACUAGACCCAGCUCUAAUUCGAAGUGGUAGGAUGGAUAAACACAUUGAAAUGUCAUAUUGCUGUUACGAAGGAUUCAAAGUGUUUGCGAAAAACUACUUGAACCUUGAUUCACAUGAAUUAUUUGACACCAUAAGACGUUUGAUCGAGGAGGUCAAAGUUUCUCCAGCCGAUGUUGCGGAGAAUUUGAUGCCUAAAACCAUCAAAAGAGAUUCUCAACUUUGCUUGCAAAAUUUGAUAAAGGCUCUUGAGAAAAUUAAAGUAGAUGAAAAGUUGAAAGCUGAGGAAGAAGUAGCAAACAAGUUGAAAGCCGAGGAAGAAGCGGUGAAGUUGAAAGCUGAAGAAGAAGCAAAAAAGUUGAAAGCGGAGGAAGAAGCAAUUAAGUUGAAAGCUGAGGAAGAAGCAAAGAAGAAGGACAAUGAUGGUACUGUUGACUUACCAAGUGUUUUGUGAGUCAGUUUCCACAAGUGACUCUGGAUUUGUUGUUUUUCUUUGUAUGAUGCAAAAAUAGCUUACAAAUGUGUAAGUAAGUCUGUAUUAUGCAGCAGAUGCCAUUUCUAAGUCUGCCAAACUCUUUAUGGGAUGUGACUCUUAGCUUUCUGUUAUGUGUAAUGUAAUGUAAUUGUGAAAACUACCAUCAUACCCAUUAUUUAAUUCUUCGCCUUUACCGUC